AUGCAAAACUCUGCAGAAAGCUCCAGAGAGCUGCAGAAAGCUGCAGCUGGGCCGCUCACGCUGUCCUCUCUCCGUCCACAGGCCUUCGUGGCGACAGGAACCAACCUCUCCCUCCAGUUCUUUCCUGCCAACCUGCACGGGGACCAGCGGCAGGUCCCUACCAGGGAGUACGUGGACUUUGAACGGGAGACGGGAAAGCACCACAGCUCAGCUCAGGGUGUCUCUGCUGGGAUCUUCAUGUCAGAUGAGGCCCCGAAGGGCAGCAGACAUGCACAAUUAGAGGAGGAGGAGGAGGAGGAGGAGUAG